AUGGAUCCCCUGGUUAAUUACGAGUAUCCGGUUCCACCACAACAAUAUCAACAAAAAAGAUAUCAGAAUCCCAAUCAGGUCCCUGAAGUUUCAAAUAAAGAACAAAUAGUACCCCAAUCAGCGCUUCCAGCCACACCAAGAAUGUUACGAGGUGUGAGUGGUAAUCAGAAGAAUUCUGGUAGUGAUGGCUACAUUCAGGAAGAUCAACCUGUGAACGAAGGUGAUCAUUCUAUGACUCCGCAACAGACUGACAAGUAUCAGCAGUAUGUUUCGUCAGCCAAUUACCAAAUGGACGCGUCUCAUUCCAGGAAUUCUAGCUUAAACCAAUCUCAGCAUUCUAAACGUGGUGCAUCUGCGAGCCAUUCGAGAACACCUAGUGUCAAUAGACAACCCCAGCCCCCAGUAACGCCACCAACUUGGAAUCAGCAGUUUCCAAAUCAACAUCAACCAGUUGCAUCACCUCAAAGGAAACAAGAAUUAUUACCUUCGGCUGCUAUUUCAUCUCCUUCCUCAAAGCCAUCGUCGGGAAAUGCUACUUCAGCAACCAAAACACGUCCAGUUGCUCAACAGCAUCCUGGUCAGAAUAAUGAACAUGGUCAUCAUCAUCAUGCGCAUCAUCAUAAUCAGCAACCGCAACAGCAGCAACAACAGCAGCAACAGCAGCAACAACAAUUUCAUAGAAAGUCUAUUGGUGAUUGGGAUUUCAUAAAAACCAUCGGUGCUGGUUCGAUGGGUAAAGUUAAACUAGCUCAGCAUAAUUCUACAGGUGAGAUUUGCGCAGUAAAAAUUGUUCCAAGAGCUGCGAAGUUGUUUCAAAGAGCCCAUGCUAAUGACCCACCUAUCCUUAAUGCUCAAGCUGCAGCACAAAGACAAAAAGAAUUUGAGAAAGAAGUCACCAGAGAUAAACGUACCAUACGUGAAGGUGCACUUGGAAGAUUAUUAUUCCAUCCGUUUAUAUGUAGAUUAUACGAAAUGGUGCCAAUGACAAAUCAUUAUUAUAUGUUAUUUGAAUAUGUUGAAGGAGGUCAAAUGCUAGAUUAUAUCGUUUCACAUGGUUCUUUAAAAGAGAAAAAUGCAAGAAAGUUUGCCCGUGGCAUAGCACUGGCUUUGGAUUACUGUCAUAGUAAUAACGUUGUUCAUAGAGAUUUAAAAAUUGAGAAUAUUAUGAUUAAUUCAAAAGGUGAUAUCAAGAUUAUUGAUUUUGGCUUAUCGAAUUUAUAUUCACCAAAGUCUUUGUUGAAGACUUAUUGUGGGUCAUUAUACUUUGCAGCGCCUGAAUUAUUAAGUGCUAAACCUUAUACUGGACCAGAAGUUGACGUAUGGUCCUUUGGGGUAGUCAUGUAUGUUUUGGUAUGUGGAAAGGUUCCUUUUGAUGAUCAAUCUGUUUCAGUUUUACACGAGAAGAUCAAAAGGGGUAAUGUUGAAUACCCGAGCUUUUUAUCCAAAGAGUGUGUUUCUUUGUUAAGUCGAAUGCUAGUGGUCGAUCCAACUAAAAGAGCGACUUUAUAUGAAGUUAUACAACAUCCUUGGAUGAAUAGGGGAUACGAGACGCAUCAAUCUUGCUACCUCCCUAAGAGAUUACCUUUGGAAUUACCAUUGGACCCUGAAAUAAUUAAAAGCAUUGCAUCGUUUGACAUAGGUACCGUACAAUCUGUUACAGAAGAAUUGACAAGUAUACUUACGAGCGUUGAAUACCAGAUGAGUUGCGAAAACUGGUAUAAAAUUACCGAAAAAGGUAGGCAGUAUGCAUCUGCGCCAAAUGCUCAUAUUUUACCAGACCCAACUGGUGGUUUCCAUCCAUUAAUCUCAAUUUAUUAUUUAGUGCAUGAAAUGAAGAUGCGUAAGAAGGCCAAGGAACAGUCUGCGAAAACUCAAUCGGAACAGGUUAAUUCUAAACAACCCAGCCAACAGUCUAACCGCGUAUCACCGCAGGAUGAAGCUAUAUAUGAUUCUGAGCAACAGAAACAGGAACAACAAAUACCUAGAUUAUCAUUUCCUGAGCAAGCGCAUACUUCUACUUCGCCAGCCACGUUUCAUAAAGAUUCGCCUACUCCAUCAAAUGAACAAAAAGAGGAAACUAUUCCAGAACAACAGCCCCAUAGUCCAAGGGAAUCUGUGGGUAAUACAGAAACAUUGGAUCCAAACGGCGGAAAGCCUGGUGGAUUUAAUUCAUUGUUCAGACGAUUAUCAUCGAAGAAGUAUAAAAAUGCUCCAUCGUCACCCAGCAGAAAUCAAACAUCCCCAGAUGCUUCUGACUAUAAUAUGGCUCCACCUCCAAUACCUAAAGUUUCUAUUGUUCCUGAUUCUCAAGAGCAAAUAUCGUCACCCUCUUCGAAUAAAUCCCAAAAGAAUGAUCCUUUGGUUCGUCGUGGAGUAAGUAUGAAGGUAACCGCAAAAGAAAAGUCUUCUUCUUCUAAAGUUGACUUGCAUUCUUCAACCUCUAACACUUCGAAGCCUCCACCCGAAGUAUCAAAGCAACCUGCAAAGGUUACCCAUAAUCGUUCAUCUUCAACAUCUACGAAUAAUGCGGUUAAUAAGUACCGUGGUUACGUUCCAGAACAAUAUUUACCACCAUUGCCUAAUAUUAAUCCUAAUACGAAUACGUUAAUGCCACCUGCGUCUGGGUCUGAUAGUCCUUCGAAGGUUGCUCCGGGCGCUGAAGGAAGAAAAUUGCAUCCAACUGCAAGAGCUAAAUCAGUUGGUGGUCAUGUUAGAAAGGAAUCAUAUGGCCGCAAUAGCCGCGCAACAAAACAAACGCAUCCACCGUUACCCAAUGCAUUGGCUUCACAAAACAGUGAUGAAGUUAUUGGUGAAGGUUCAACACGCGAUGACGGUUUCUUUGAUGAUGUAACCUUGGAUGAAGUUGAUUACCAGGAGAUUCCUCAGUUAACUGAAGAACAAAUUAUUGAUCAGUUCAAUCAUGCUAGGCAGAACAGUAUGCCUUCAAUUGAGUAUCCAAAGACCUUAUUUUUAAAAGGGUUUUUCAGUGUCCAAACUACUUCUACAAAACCUUUACCUGUUAUUAGAUAUAACAUAAUUAAUGUUUUGAGCAAGUUGGGAGUAAAGUUUCAAGAAGUAAAAGGUGGUUUUGUUUGUGCACAUGCGCCUUCAUUGCAAAUCAAGCCUGUACAGCCUGAUGAUGUGUCAACCAAUACAAGUACUAUGAUCGAUUCUCAACAAGAGGAUAAGAAGUCUGAAGAGACAACCGAAGAACAAAGGUUAUACGGUGAUGCAUUUAAAUCUACUUCGUCUUCUAUAGAGAAAAAUGCUGACAUUCCACCAAGAAUCAAGACACCUGAACAAAGUACAGCUGAAUCACAAAUCAAAAGUCCAACUAGGCAAGCGUCGUUACAUCUUAAUACGCAAAAUCUUUCACCUCAGUCAGCUAAUAGCGGUAAAACUCACAGGGCAUCGAAUUCCGUUGGUGGACAUAGACGUAAAUUUUCAAUCGGAAAUUCACUUUUAGGUUCAUAUCGUAAAAAGAAUGGAUCUCAGGUAAUGAUGCCUCCAAAUACUCCGGCUACAGCGAAACUCAACAAGCUGUUGUAUGGAAUGGAAGGUGACGAAUUUGAAGACGACGACGAAGACGACGACGAAGACGAAACUUCUAAACAAUUCACUGAAGAUGAUUCCGUUGAUUCAUUGAAUGGCUUAAUGAUUGGCGGUGGUAGUGAUAUGUUAAUUUCUUCUACAUUAGAGCAUAAAGCAAAGCAUCAACAUUCCCCAAGUUCAGGAAAUUCUCAUCACGCAAAAAGAUCACCUUUGAAGUUUGAAAUACAUAUUGUUAAGGUUCCUUUAGUUGGCUUAUACGGAGUUCAAUUCAAAAAGCUUUUGGGUAAUACUUGGAAUUACAAAACUUUGGCAGGUCAAAUUUUAAACGAAUUGAAUUUAUGA